UCCUCCAGGGCUACAUCCCGUUAUCUGGGCGGAGAAAGAGGGAGAGAGCGUAGACCAUCCACGACACUGCUUCUCUGUUCUCACCCACACCUCCUCUGAGCAGGAACCGGCCGGCUAGUUAAUGUCAUCGAGACAGACAUCCUGAGGAGACGAGACGAGGAUCUAUCAGAACAAAGCGGAAUAAUUUACAGUUGUGCUACACACACAGUGGAAAACGGAAUUGUAUGUUGUGUUUCGGCUGUGUUUGGACUCCGUUUCCUGCUUCUUCGCCUUGUUGCACUACAGGAGCUCUCAUUGUGGCUGGAGCGAGGAUCCCCUCCUUUUGUGUUGCUCUGCAGUUGUUUAUUCACACUCCAACUUCUGUCUCCUGUUUCCCCAAAUAGCAGGUUUCGUUUUCGUUUUUGUUUUUGUUUUACUUGUUUCGGCCUAAACGGAAUGAAUGACAAAAACAAAGGAGGUUGAUGUCCAUAACUCUCCGGCUCACCUCGUCUUCGCCUCGGCCAAGGAACGGAGACUCCAUCUCCGGCAGAAGAUGGACAGCGGAGGCGGGACGGAGGGCUCGGACAGUGGGCAGACGCAGCACGCGGUGCCCGGGCAGCAGCAGCCACCCCGGCUUGAAACAGCGGAGCUCUCUGCGACGGUGUCCGCUCAGCCUCCGGGCCAGAAGAAGAAGAAGAUAAACCGGGCUCCGUCCCCGGCCAGACCGAAGGAUGUAUCCGGUUGGUCGCUCACCAAGAUCCGCGGAGGGAUUGGGACCCCGACUCUCAGCGUCAAACCGGGAGGCAUACACCUGGGUAGCCGCAUUUCCAGGCGCAGCCCCGUGGGAAGUAUUGCUGGAAAGGACGGUAAAGCGGAGAAGACUAAACCGGUGGGUAAAUCUUCCUCCGCGUUGUCUAAAACGACCAAGGCGGUCAAGAGCACCGGGGGGCAGAGGAAGGUGUCGGACGCCAGCAUCGGAUCCGACGAUUUAUCUAAGGACUCCGGCUGCGCCACCGAGAAGCUCUCCCCGACCGACAGUAGCUCCGAACUCUCGGACUGCGCCUCUGAGGAAAACAAGCUCUCCACGGACGCUGUGAGCAGCGACGCCGAGUCGAGGAGCAGCCGGGGCGGUGGGCCGGACGGAGACAAGCCGCUCAGGGAUGGCGUGUUGGCGGACAAAGCUAGCCAUCAAGCCGCCGCCAAGACCACCUGCCACUCCACGGAGAGGGACUAUAAGGACCGGCUCUCCGUGGGAGUGGAGACCGGGGAAAGGAGCAUCUCCCCCGGCGAGGAGCGCUCGGUCACCUCGUUUGACAGCAGGGUGCCUGCCAGCACAUCCCUGGCUUUCUCAGACCUCACUGAGGAGUUUAUGGACGGUAUGCAAGAGGAGUUUGUCCGGGAAAUAGAAGAGCUUAGAUCCGAGAAUGAUUACCUCAAAGAUGAGAUGGAGGAGUUGAGGUCUGAGAUGCUGGAGAUGAGGGACAUGUACAUCGAGGAUGACGUCUACCAGCUGCAGGACCUACGGCAACAGCUGGAGCAGGCUAACAAGACAUGCCGCAUCCUGCAGUACCGGCUGAGGAAGGCAGAGCGGCGCUCUCUGCGCGUGGCCCAAACAGGGCAGGUGGACGGAGAACUGAUACGAACGCUGGAGCAAGACGUCAAAGUAGCGAAGGACGUGUCCAUCCGUCUCCACAGCCAGCUGGACAGCGUGGAAAAGAAGAGGAGUCGCCACGAGCAGGAGAACGAGGAGCUGAGGGUGAGACUGCAGGACCUGGAGGUCGCCAAACAGGUUCUGCAGCAGGAGAUCGACAAGAACUCCCAGAAGAAAAGAGGAGCACGACCCAACAACAAACCUGACAAGAAGCUCUGUCCACAGGAGGACAGUUCAGACCUGAAGUGUCAGCUCCACUUUGCCAAAGAGGAAUCAGCCCUGAUGUGCAAGAAGCUGACCAAGCUGGUGAAGGACAGCGAGGCCAUGAAGGAGGAGCUGGCCAAGUACAGGUCGCUGUACGGAGACGUCACCGUGGAGGAGGUUGCUGACUCCCCCCACACCCGCGAGGCAGAGAUCAGAGUCCACCUGAAGCUGGUGGAGGAGGAGGCCAACCUGCUGAGUCGACGCAUCGUGGAGCUGGAGGUGGAGAACAGGGGGCUCCGAGCUGAGAUGGACGACAUGAAGGGACCGCAAGAUGGUCAUCAGGAUCUUACGGGUGUUGUCCUAGGAGGAGCCUUGGUACUCGGGGGAGGGGCCUCGUCUGAAAACGUCAUGGAGCUGCAGAGACACCUCCAGUUUGUGGAGGAAGAGGCGGAACUGCUGAGGAGGUCUCUUAUCGAGAUGGAGGAACAGAACAAACUCCUGAUGAAUGAGAUUAACCGCUAUAAGUCCGAUCUCCCGCCGCCAACGUCCACGCUGUCGUCCAACUCGUUGGCGUCGCUGGCGGACAGCCUGCUCAAUGACAGCCCGGUGCACUCCAUACAGGGAGGGGCGGUGCUAAUCAGCACAGACGCCCCCGCCCAGGAUGAGGAGCUCAGACUGGCAAGGCUUCAGAUUGGAGAGCUGAGCGGGAAAGUGAAGAAGAUGCAGUACGAGAACCGAGUGCUGCUGUCCAACCUGCAGCGCUGCGAUCUGGCCUCCUAUCACACUCCUUCCUCUUCCUCCUCACUACGACUGGCUCUGGAGUCUGACGCAGAGGCUGGGGACUCAGCUGAGUGCCUCCCGAGCCCACCGCACCGCAAAGAGCCAGUAGGGGGUGAGACUGACGCGCCGGAGAUGAAGGAUCGGAAAAAGAAGAUCGAGGACAACGCUGACGCAACAACCUCUCUCCCCGGGUACCUGGGGCAGAAGGACCAUGAUGCCUUGCUCGCCAUGAGGGACCAGGCUCGCUUGGUUUCCACGGCGAUACAGCUCCUGACCUCCCCCGAGUCCAACUGCCUCACCUCGUCCCCCUCCAUCUAUCACAAGGUCUGCAGCAACGAGGCAGCAGAACCGUGUGACCUGGAGAAGCCUCACAGCCAGAUUUCAGAGCUGUCUGACCUGGCAGACCGGCCCUUGGUUGGUGCUCUGACCAGCCGGCUCCAGGCCUUACACACGCAGCUACAGGCCUUUGUGGAGCGGGUAGACAUCCUGGGUAAACCCCCAGCGGGUGGGAGAGACCCUCAGGUGGAAGGAGCGUCUCCUCUGGCCUCACCCUGCGCCUCUCUCCCCUGCUCUGGAGACGAGCGGGAUGGACUCAACACUCCCGUGGAGAAGCAACCCGAUUAUAGGGAGAUAUCAGAGCCGGAGGUGAAAGGUCAAACUGAGGAGAUCAGCCAAUCAGACAGCAAUGAGAUGCUAAAGCAGGAAGAGAGCCAGCUGGAACAGGGAGAGAAGGAAGACGAUGAUAUACUGCUCGUCCUGCCCGGUGACCUCCAGGCUCGGCUGUUCGAAGAGGAGGAGUCGGCUCUGGGAUCUCAUGGGGAGCUGGAGAAGGAGAUGCAGGCUCAGAGAGAAAACACUCUCAAACUCACACAGCUCCAGGAGGAGCACCAGAAGGCUCUGCUGCGUCGGGACUUCCAGCUGCAGAGUUUGGGCCUCCAGGCUCGGCUUCAGCAGAGGUUAUGGAGCCAGGAGAGGACUCUGCUGGUGCAGGAGUCUCAGCACCUCAAACAGGCCCUGUUACUGCUCAGCCUCAAACUACGCUGCUUCCUCAAACAGUGGAGGCUGGGCUGCAGGAAGGACACAGAGUGGAAAGACGUCUUGGAGAUGAACAGCCUGAAGGACCUUUACCUGCUGUUGGAGGAGGAGAACCUGACAAGCCCCGCCCACCAGACUGACAAGAGGGCUGCUGCAAACGAACAACCGCUCAGCCCCACUAUCAAGUCCAGCGCCGUGAGCAGAACCUUGGCAGACCUGAAGGUGGCGCUGCACGAUCUGAGUGGCGAGUUGAGACAGGAGAGACAAGGCUCCCAAGAACUCACACAGCAGUUUGCAAAGGCCAAGGCCUCGUGGGAGGUGGAGAGGACGGAAGUAAAGAGCCUCAUCACGCAGCUUGAGAUCAAAGCAGGCAAAGCUCUGUCCGCCACUGAUGCACCGGAUCCUCCAGACCUGAAGGUGGCGCUGAAGAGGGAGCGUGAGGAGCACCAGCACCUCCUGGCUGACUCCUACGCAGCUGUGAUGGACCUAACUAAACAGCUUCAGAUCGGGGAGAGGAACUGGGGCAGAGAGAAGCUGGAGCUGCUGGAGAGGUUCAGGCAGGAGAGAGAUCAGUGGGAGCCGAGAGUGGGAGAGGCCACGGCACUACAGGGGAAGUCAUUAGGCGCCGAGUCGUCUGCAGACACAGCCGUCACUAAUGGUACAGGAUCACCGAGAGCCAAAUCCACAUCAGAGCUGGACGGUCCAGAAGUCAACGGAACAGCCAAUCAGGAGGACAGGAUCCAGCUUGCAGUCCCUGAGCUGAGUGACCUCACCAGGAAGAAUUGGACCUACCUGACCAAUGAGAUCCCAGAGGUUGGGGACACGUGUAAAACCUGGGACGGCCCGAGCGGCUCCUGCAGCAGCUUAGUGGGAUCAGAGCUGGAGCUGGAGUCUGUCCAGAGGAGCUACACUGCUCCAGACCGCACCGGCAUCCGGAUCUACUACAGCCCUCCUGCUGUACGACGCAUGGAGCACCGAAGAAGGAGCCAGGAUGCACAGCAGGCCCAGAACGGGAACCCUUCCCUGGGACUGAGUAGCACAGGCGUAGGCGAGCCUGCGGUGGAGACCCUUGAGGUUCAGCAGCAACAACCUCCAUCUUCCUUUUCGUCCUCGUACGAGCAGUGGCUGAGCUCCCUGUCCAAGCAGCACAGGGAGCUGCUGGAGAGCAGAAGUGGCUGUACCGCCAGUUCCAACCCCAAUAACGGCGUCGCUGGCUCGAUUGAUGGGAUGACAUCCUCGUCAACGUUCCAUGACCUGGAGAUCGGGGAGAUUUCAGCCAACUUGAGUGAUGACAUGAAGGAGAUGACAAACUGUGUCCGGCAGGCCAUACGCUCUUCCUCUCUGGAGAGGAAAUCCACCAAGGAGCCCGGGAGUCAGGCGGUGGGCAUGUCCACCAGGUCCACGCAGACUGCGGCGCAGAACAUCAGCGUCGGGCUCCAAACCGACAACUUUUCCAGCAGCAGGGGGGUGGGGUUACACUCCAAAGCCUGGUCUCCUCGCCCCUCGUCAACAACCACCUCCUCUCUAGCGUCGGCCCGAACCCGGCAGAUAUCCACAUCUCUGGAUAAAGUUCACUGCCGCAUCGAUAGGCCAUGCUGUUCACCAAAGUAUGGAUCACCCAAACUACAACGCAGAGUGUCUUCUGGCUCCACUUCCAGACUGGAUGGGAGUACCUCCUCCAGGGACCGCAGCCUGUGGAGCCUCCAGCAAAGAUCCAUGAGUGGAGGCGGAGGCUCGGCCUGGGCUCGCUCCACCACCACCAGGGACAGCCCCGUCCUGAACGGCCUCACCGACGGCCUCUCCAGCCUCUUCAGCGUGGUGGAACACGGUGGAAGCACAGAGUCGCUCUGGAGGGGAGACGGAGGAGCCAGCCAGAAUGCCAGUCCAGCACGGCAGUCUGCUGCCGCAGGGAAACCCUCCGCUGCGUCAGUCUGUGGAUCUGACCCCGGCCCUCAGCGGUACGGAGGCCUGGUGCAGGAGUUCAUCAGGAAUGUCUGCAGCAGCCGUGAAAAGGGAGUAGUCACCCUGCCUUUGGAGAGAGCGAUAAAAGACUCCAACGGCAGCCUCGGCGCUCUGAGUGUCUUGGGGAGUUUUGUCUGCGUGGAUGAGCCCAAGCCAGAGUGCGUGUCAGCCGGGGUUGGAGGACUCGGAGCGCUGAAUGUAAGCAACGAUAAUGUGACCAGGAUCGUCAAUAAGAGGUUUAUGAGACAGACAGCCGGGGAGGAGAUGGUCACUAUCAUGGGAGGGAAAGAAACGAUGAGCAACACGGGGGCUGCAGGAUCUACGACUGAGGAUGCACCUUGUGACUGUACUGCCCAGUCUUCCUGCCUCGCCCAACCAUCAAGAGCAGCAACUCGCCAUUCGCUCGGCCAGUGCAAGCACCGCCCACAAGAUUCCCCGGUGGCAACCGAGGAGAAGGGGGACACCUGUAGCGAGUGACGACACUUCUACUGCCACGUUUAAAGACACGCAACACACACACGCACAAGAAAUACUGAUUCUUCACAAACACUGUACCCCACUGCCAUGAAAACACACUUUCUCUCACAUCAGCAUGUACACACACACCUCCAGGUGCACUGCCAAACAUAACACACUCCGCUAGGACACUGCACAGACUGCCCCACAAACCCACUGCCACAUGCACACAUUCAUUAAGACACACAUACAGAACCUGGGCAAUUAUUUAUCUUGUCUUGGACUGUACCAUUCUGAUGCCAAGGACAGGGAGGACAGAAAGUCCAACCCAGAAACAAAUCCAACCAUCACAAAACUACCAGCAGGUCAUAAACACACACACAUUUAAUCUGCCACACUUAACUAAACAUAACAACUCCACGAACUAAACAGAGUCAACAAGUAAAACUAUGAUGUCAGGACUGGAUGUACUAAACCCCCCCAUUUUACAGAAUAACAGGUACUACAAAUGGUCAGUUUUUAACUGGAAAAUCCACCUUGACGACGUCAUUUUGACACCAUGCUGUUGGCCAGUAGCCAUGCUGGAUUUACAGAUAAGGAGAAAGAAAGUGCAUGUGUUACUUUGGGAGCUACAGUAUAAAACUGGAGAGGAGACAUCCGUCACAGCUGGAAAGAUCUUCCACAUUGUGAUCUGAAACCAUCGGUCUCAGAAGAGUAAUCUGGUGGAAAGCUCAGAUGAUUGCUCUCUGAACCUUGGCAUAUACACACAUGCUGUGCUGGGAAAGUCAAUUAUGCCUUUUUGAUUGAUUAGCACAAUAACAUUCCAGCAAGUGUCUCUAACACUGGAUCUGAUGUGAAAGCGCCACCUCUUGAUGACACAUCUGCUCAGGUGCAGACCAGUAUUUAAUCCUAUUACAGUAGAUCGCAAAAGGAAGAACUUGACGACUGCUGGACUGCAAAUCCCAGCAUGACCAGACUUGGACUCAAUUGAUGGAUAUUUGGACUUGUCAGCUCAGUGAAUGGGACCCUUAAAUUCAUUUGAGUGGAAUUCUUCAUCGUUGUUUAGUAGCAAAGCUGGACAACAAAAAGCUCCACAGGCUUGUUUAGAUCUACCUGUUCACCGUGUUCCCAGAAGGACUUUGGCCACAAAUAUGUGGACGUUUUGUGGCACUGCAGCCAUGACUCAAACCUUGUAGAUUUGAGAAAACCUUCUUCAAACGUGUUACCCUCCAGAGUCUAAUUGGAAAAAUUCUAGAUAUGGUUUCAACCUGUUACCGCAGGCAGAAAGUGCCUGUUCGUUUCAUAUUUUUGAGGUAUCAUCACUAAUGUCGAGAUUCAUCCUUAACCUUUGAUGAUCUGACGAAGACAUGUGGUGUACAGUCCUACAGCACAUUUCAGUUGGCUACAUUGUUUUUAAAUGACUUCAAAGUUAUCCUAAAAGCUAAUCUGCAGAUUUCACUUGCCAUUGGAUGGAGAUGCACUGAUAUCACUUUGUUUUAACUUAUAAUACCAGUUUUUCAGAGUGCCUCAACAACUAGUUCGGGGUCAUGCUACAGAAGUCCAAACCACAACAUGAAAUGUGUGCCGUUUUGGCCCCAUUCUCUAGUAAAAGUACAGAAAAUGAACACUCAAUGUUCAUGUCACAUGUGACUUUCAGAAUCUGACUUACAUGAUUAGUAAAUGUUUUAAUAACAAUAAUGAUAUGGACCUGAUAUCCAUCAGCUUUAUCUGUGGACUCCUAUCAUCUGUGCUUCAUGGGAUCAGAUAUGAAGUGUGUCCAAACUCAAAAUGCUCAUCUACCUUUGUCCAGAAACACUAAUUAAAUCUAAAGUUUCCAAGAAUAAUUCCGUCAAUGCAUUCCUUUUAUUAUAGAGUCUUUCCCAGAUGUGUGUGUAUGGUUUGAAUGUGCGUUUAACCAUUCAAUUCUCAGCAUUCUGGUGUACCAGUGCAUUAUUUAUAGGUCUAGUGAAGGCGAUAGUUGUCUUCUCUCACACGCAGCUGUCCUCGUGUUGUAGUAUUACACACACGACGUAGCUACUGUACAAAAUCUAUACGUAUUUUGAAAAUGUAGCAUUAUGAGCUAAGAGCUGUGACUGUCCAUCUGUAGCCAGAUUAGUUAACGCACUGACAGUUUUGACUUUUUAAGAAAAACAUUCAUGAAAUGUUUUAUUUAUUUAUUAAAUAUUUUCAAAUUAAUUUUCUACCUAUGUGGUAGUCGGAUCCAACGAUACAAAAUGUCUUUAAGUAGGAUGCCUGCACACUUAAGAGAAAUAUCUGGGAAAGAAGUAAAAGGCUGGAUAAUACGUUACAUGGGGACAGACACCAAUGGUCUUAUCGGUGCAUUGAAAACCUAAAGAAUACUGUAAACUGAAAACAAUCAUAUUUGGAAGCUUUUUUAUUCCAUUUCUUUCUCCUAUCCCUUUGUUUGCCAUGUCGUUCUUUUCUAAUCAAUCAACAGAUAUUCAAAGUGCCUGUCAGAUUACCUAUUAGUCAGCUCACACCAAAACUAGACUCCAUAUAAAAACACACAAACAAACCCGGCAGGGUUUUUUUAAUGGGUAAGAUUGUUUUUAUGAACAUAAUUGCGACCAGGCUGUACUAAAGCUACAAUAAAGUACUGUACUACAGUGCAAGGACAAGAUAGUUUACAGGUAUAAUAGGAUAUAGUAUAUGGACUUUUUUUAUACCAAGGAUUAUUGUUCUUCUGGAAAGUAAAUUAUUUUUGUUUUGUUUAUUUUAUAUGGAUGUUUUUGCUGAUAAAUGAGGCUGUUGUUUCUUUUCUUUGUAUUUAGUUAUCAUGGUGCUACUUCCUGUAAAGUCUGCUGUGGGUUUACCAUCUAUUUUAAUAUGUCUCUCCCACUGUCUGUGUAUGAGCUGAAGUCCAGCGUUUCUCCAUCUCUGCACACCAUUUAAUGACUCAGCAGUUUAAAAUAGGGCAUUACAGUAACAGUGCAUGUAUUUAAAUAACACAGUGAAGAAAACCCACAGUCUAAAUGCUGCUGUCUGUCUCCACUCCAGCCCUCACUGAUGGUAGAAAACCAUCCGUCUGAAACCAGACACCGCUUCAAAAGCUACUUGCCACAGGAACAGACUGUCUGAUUUUUGACCACAACUAUACAACAGGUAGUUUUAGCCAACAAUUCUGAAGAAAUCAUGUAACCUCAUUCAAAAGCUUCCAAGUAAAAGCAAAGCUCAUAAGGUUGAAUACACAUUUAUUCCUUUCUACAUUCCAUGAUAUCAUCAUUUAGAUUAGAAACCACAUCUGGUGUAGUCACUGAAGAGAAUAAACUUGAUAAAACUAAGACUUAGCUGGCUAACAAGCUAACAGGUUCAGUUUGCAAAGCAGCUACAGUGACCUGUUCUACUACUUCGACUUCGACUGUUCGACUACUUUUCCCGCUCAGUUUACCACUGCUGCAGCAUGAUCCACCUUGCUGCCCCUCCAUUUGUUGGUUAUGUUUCCAACAAUUAUAUAUUUGCCAAAAUGUGGCUAAAUGUACUCCGUCUGGUUAGCUGUUUGCAUUUGCUACAAACAGCUAUGCAGGCUAACGUAGUCAACAUUUUAAAACAGGUUUUCAGUGGAGUAUUCUGGAGGUCUGGCACAUUUAAAGAAACUUCCGUUCAGAUGAGCACCACAGCAGCUCCACAUCCAGUGUAUGAGCGCACACUUUCAAAAACAGUAGAAAUAUCAGGAUACCAAUACAAUAAAGUUGUUAAAACCUUUAACAGUUAGCCAAACAAACACUUUACAUCAAGAUUGGUAAUGAAACAUUUCCCAUUGUUGACCACUAAUGCUACCUUCUUGCACAAAUUACAGUGCAUAAUGCAUGUCAAGAUUAUCUGACUAGCUAGCCAACAUGUUAUUAUCUACACUCAAAAUAGUUAUUUUGUGUCAUGGUAAGAGAGGAAUCAAAAACAACAGAAUAAAUGUUUCCGUUCUCUGUGGCCCAUUAACUGUGGGUCUCCAUUAUGGCUGCCAAAGCUUUGCAAAAAAGUCUUUCGGAAGUUGUAACUUAGUUUUGCUUCACUUUUGUGUGACCAGACCUCCAAAUGGUUUACAAUUCAGACCAAGCUUAUGCUUUGGUUAAAUGUUUAGCCAAACUCCAGUUUUAGGUUUUCUGCCGAUAUUGCAGAGUCAAGCAUAGGCCUGUAUUUUAGACAAAUACGACGAACACGUUCAGGUUGUGGAUAAAACUGCCACUGUUGUUUUGAUGCUGGGUUCAUGUCUUAUAAAGAGAGCGCAAACAAGUUUAAUAUUUUCAACUGAUUUGAACACAAAAUAAUUAGUUUGUAUUUCAUUAAAACUUAAUGAUAAUCAUUUAAUUAUGAGUUUUCCUAUAAAAUCAUCAGAUGUCACGUAUCAUAGCACCUCUCGGCUCCUUCUGGUAUUUACUGCAAAUUGGAUGUAUUGUCUUGCAUUUACUAUAAAGAUCUGAAAUGGCGCAGUCAGCACAAGACUCAAAUCUCUCUCUGGCUCUGAUGUCAUUAGUCAGCUCUGUCUCUGCCUCUCCAGCCUUACAUUUGCUCCUCCCCCUCAGGUUAUAACUACUAGAUAUUGCAGCCAAUGACAAGACAGUUUUACAGGUCACACAGCAUCACCAGCCAAUGACUGAUGAGUUCUUACAGGUUGCAUGGCACAGACCAUUCGUCUCAUUAUAAUUCCCUGUGUGUCUGUAAGCCUGUUAGAAAAUCAACAUGAAUCUUUCCAGCCUUUUUAACAUGUUUCCAUACCAUUCAUAUGAUUACUACAUUCUGGGAAUAUGUAAAUGACUUCUUAGCUGUUCAUAAUGUUAGCUAAACUAUUACAUAGAGACUGCCUGUAUAUUUGCUUUAUAUAACCUACUCUUGUCUUUUUUUUAAAUAACGCUUGUUUCUUGAAUAAAAAGAGAAUGCAAUGAAAGACAUAUAAAACGAGUACACGCUAAGGAAAUGUGUCCCCUUGUAUUGCAACUUGAAAAGAAACGAAAGGUGUGCACUCUCUGUCCUUUUGUUUCUUUGAGGAAAGCUGAAUGUCAACAGCUGAUCUGAACCAGGUCGCUGUGGAAAUAUGUAGCUCUCUCCCUUUAUAGACCACACAUUUCUUCUGUACAUAGGUGCAUUUUGAAGUUCAUGAAAAACAAACAAUGUCAGCAAACGUUAAAUGAGUAAAGUGAGAAAAAUUGAUCCAAGUGGAUUUUUAAAAAGGUUGGGGAUUUUUGUUUUUUCCGACCAAUGUAGCUUGUAAAACAAGAUAUUAUAACUGCCUCCUGUUUGUCAUAGAAUUCACAAAUAAAUGUUUGUUGGAAUUUA